AUGAGGACACUCGAGGCAACCAUCUUCUCAGUGACCUGCUUGCUUGCCGCUUCAACCACCUCACACAGUGUUGAGGUCAACACCACGCAGCUGAAGGAGGACACCCCCAAUUCCUUCACAUGGCUGCAGGUGUUGCAGGAACCAGCGAAGAUCCAGCAGAUCAGGAUCCGCUGGCCCACCCCAGGCGAGAUCGCUUUGCACAUGGCGGUGGCUGCAGCGAUCACCACCGGCGCCGCCCUUGCCUUUAGGCACUUUGUAAAGGCCUGGCCUGAAGUGCACGAGGACGCCAUUGCCAAAGAGAACUGA